CUAAUGUUCAAGGCUUUCGGUUCAGCCAUCAAAGAAUGACUCGCAGUUGAAAUAUUUUUUGAUUAGUCGUGUUUUCUACCCAUUGUGUUCCUCAUUUCUAUCUUCCAUCAUAAAAAUCAGUACAGAGAGAGAGAGAGAGAGUUAACGGGUGUUUGGUCCUUGGGUAGUUCGUUCAGAGCUUCUGUACGUGAAUGGCUGUGACGCCUUUCUUCAGUUUACGCAACUUAGUCCUGAACAAGUGCAAUAAUUUUUUACUUCCUGGAUCAUCCGAGAUAAGUGCUACAAGUUUUUGCUCGAUGGCUACUUUGUCGGAUUCAUCCACCCAAUGUUUUUGGAUUGGUUAUUGAAAUAUGCAAAUGUUUUUGUGAAGAUUUCUCAUCCGCAACACGGUGAUCAUUGUAUUACAGUGCAUCAGGCCAUGAUAAAUGUGAAUGACCGCAGCAAUGCAGUGGCAGAAGUGAUGCAAGAUUUGCGGACCACAAGUCCUUUCAAGGCUCUAAAAGGAUGGAGAAACGAGGACUAUGGCGUUUACGUUCAUAACCGUGAAAAAGUAUUAUUAAAAAUUGAACGUUCAGCAUCGAGUCUUCUGGGUAUUACACGAUAUGGUGUACAUGUAAAUGGUUUCUUCUCAAAUCGAUACAACUACUCUAAAAAGUCUGAUCGAAUCGUUAAUGGCAGCUCACGUAAUUCCAACGAUUCUAAUUCACUCGCUCAAAUUGGUCCGGACAAUGUUUUUAUGUGGCUCGGUUUACGAUCAAUAAACAAACCUACAUCUCCUGGAAUGCUCGAUAAUAUGGCUGCUGGAGGUUUAACAUAUGGUCUAGAUGUAAUGGAAUGUGCUCGUAAAGAGUGUCAAGAGGAAGCAAGUGUACCAGAGCAUAUGCUUGGUAAACUAACCCUUGUAAAUCAAAUAAGUUAUAUUUUUGAAGAUGAGCGCGGUGUUUGCCCACAAAUUGAAUAUUGUUUUGAUCUGGAAUUACCGCCAGAUUUUAUCCCUGUUAGCUCUGAUGGUGAAGUGGAUAGUUUCCGAUUAGCCAGUAUAUCAGAGAUCAAACAACUAAUAUUUGACGAACACUUCAAAUCAAAUUCUGCUAUGGUUGCCUUGGAUUUUUUGUACAGACAUAAAUUUAUCGAUAAAGACUCAGUAGAUCACAUUUUGAAUUCUAUAAACAUAGGGAGCGACUGUCACUUAAACAUAUUUUAGAAAUUUGAACAACUCAUCUUCAUCUAAACACUAAUAAGAUAUACAAUUUACUAUGUAUGUAUAUUUGUAACUGAAAUCAAAUUGAAGCUUUUGUACUGUUUUGAUUCAGUAAAUAAAAAAACUAUAUCACUCUGGUGUAUUAAGUUUCUUAUAGUUCUAUUACCAAAUACUUCUAUAAGCCUGUUUGAUAUAAGAAACUUAGUAUUUUUUUGCCAAUAAAAUUGGAAUUUGUCAAAUUUAAGAUGUGGCUCUAGGAUUCUCUUACACCAAACCUGUUCAUAAUUUCACGUGAUAUUUGUGCAACGUUGAGAUUAGUUGUAGUUCAUUUAUGCUCUCCAUACCCUGCCUUAUUUAUCUCAAUGUUUGUCAGAAAUAAGAUUCAAUAACUUAUGUUCACUCGCUUCGUAUGACUAAUAAUUAUCAAACUUGGGUUUUUAAGUUAAAGACAUAACUCCUCAUGGAUUUGAUCAGUAGGACUUACGGGCUUCAAGCAUAUAUUAUUAAGUCUGUCAAUCGUGGACAGAUUAGAACGUUGAACGAAUGAGUAUCAAAAGUUGUUACUCUACUCAGAUGUCAGUAUAUGAAGAUGUAAAUAACGAAAUGGUAAGGAUGUUUAAUGUACACUAUGCAUCUUGGUUUUUUGAUUUCUAUUUGAAACAGUUACGAGGACUAUCGCUUUCUUUGUUUGACUCGUAAAAACGGAUGUCAGUACGAGUUGUUGCAUUUUUAAAUCAAAAACCUAUUAUGAACAUUGUUAAAUCCUUGGAAAAAGCCUAAGCUCGAUGUUGUAACCUAUAAGUGAAAUGACUAAUAAUACUUUUCAGUAGUUUUAGUAUUCUUUAGUUUUCAGUUUAUCUGUUUACUGUAUAAUAUAAGAAACAUAUGUCGGUUGUUUUUUCAUCAUAUAAUGGUUCUAAUUAAAUAGUUUUUAUUCGAUAAGAAUACAUGACAUUUUGUUAAGCAUUUACUCACCGUUGGCUUCUAUCUAUCAAUAAAGGCAACAAAACAACAAUUUGAAACAAGGUUAUUUUAUCCUCGAGUUAACAGUUUAGUAGAUCUUUACAGUUUGUAUGAGGGUAUAUGUAUUAUUAAGUAGUAUUGAUUAAGUACUUGGAGGAAAAAUAGUACUCAUUUUAAGCACCGAUAAGUAAUCACAAUAGUAUAUACGUGUUGUUUUUUUUUAAAAAAAAUUCAAUAUGAGGGUCUCUAUUGUGUAAGUCGAAAAAACAAAACAAAACGAAAUACUUUAUACAGAAAAAACUUAAUUCUCCUCUAGUUUAUUUUAUCUGGUUAGUAAUUUUAACAAUGAAAUUGAAGUGAAUUAGUAGGUUAAUAAUCAAAUUACAUUAUUUUACACUUUACAGUAUUAUAUUUCACAUAUUUAUUUAAAAUAAUCAAGUUUUGUAAAUUUUACUCUAAGGGUUAUAUUUAUAAAGCUAAUGGGUAAUUAAGCAUAAAUUAAAGUUUCAUCUACAUCUAUAUACUCUAUGACAGUUGAACCAAUAAAAUCUUCAUGUGAUCUUGUAAUUAUGCAUAAAAAUGAUCAUUUAUUUCAUGAUAUGUAUUACAAUUACUUGAUCAUACUACUGUUAAUAAUUUUUUUUUCGAACUAAAUCAAACAACAAGGAGAUUAGAGUGUGAAAGAAGGAAGGAUUGAUCAGUAGUAUGCUAUAUUUCCU